AUGGCAGCAGUCAUGGCCAAUUCGGCUCCGUCUACCAGUUUAUCACCCGACUCAGGUUUAGGCGUACAUUUCGGCUCCUCGGCAGCCUGUGUGGCUUUUAUCAAAGAUGGCCGUGCUGAUGUGAUAGCCAAUGAUCUUGGUGAUCGGGUCACACCUUGUUAUGUGGCAUUUACAGAACAUGAUAUUCCCGUGGGAAUGGCUGCAAAACAAGGGGUGAUUAGAAAUUCUAAAAACACAAUUGUCCAUGCCAAACAGGCAUUAGGUCGACCUUUUGAUCAUGAAAUUACCAAAGAGUUUGCUGCUAGCAGCAUGGCUCAUGUUGUCAACAAAAAUGGUGAGACUGCAUUUGAGGUGGACUUUAAAAACAAGCGAACCUCUUUUACUGUAUCGGAAACUGUGGAAAUUUUAUUCAAAAAACUUCUUGAAAUUGGCCAAAGUAAGGCAGGUAAGGAUUGUCAUGAUGCUGUUCUUGCUGUGCCUCUCAAUUUCACUGAAGAACAGAAAAAUUUGCUACGGCAAAUUGCCACAAAGGCUGGUUUUAAUAUCCUUCGACUUAUCCAUGAACCUACAGCUGCUAUCCUUGCAUAUGAUAUGCAACUGGAUGAAGAUAUGUCCUCUGGAUACGUGUUGGUUUUCCGGCUUGGUGGUGUGUCCUGUGAUGUAACUGUCGUCUCUGUAGCUGGUGGCCUCUACUCCAUUGUGACAGGAGUGUCGGAUUAUAAACUAGGGGGAGACAACUUUACAGAAGUUUUGCUAACACAUCUACAAGGAGAAUUCAAAAGACAAUGUCGGCAUGAUAUUAGUGACAAUAAACGCUCCCUUGCCAAACUCCGGCGUGGUGCAGAGAUGUGCAAACAUGCACUUUCAACACUUAGUAAUUCUCACUGUUCUGUAGAUUCUCUUUAUGAAGGCAUUGACUUCAGUACAACAGUCUCUCGGGCACGGUUUGAAAGUCUAUGUAACAGUUUAAAAACGCAAUGUUUAAUGAAGAUUGAGCAAGUUCUUUCCAAGGCUGGAAUCCAGAAAUCUGAUAUUGAAAAGGUGAUUGUUUGUGGUGGUGGUGCCAAGACCCCCCUUGUACAGAAGAUGGUAUCUGAUGCCUUUCCCCAUGCCAGACUCUUAAAUCACAUUCCUCCAGAUGAGGUCAUUGCGAUGGGAGCAGCUAAAGAGGUUGGAAUUUUGAAGAGUUUUAAGAAUAAACUGAUUCCAGAGAAAGAUUAUCAAUAUCAAUUUGAAAUGCUUUCCCAAGCCAUUGCAGUGAAGGUUCGAGAAAACCGAGAGAAAAGCACUUACAAGGAUUUCCAAACAGUCUUUAACAAGUGUACACCAAUUCCAUCACAUCAGAAAUUUGUAUUUUCUGCUUCUUCAGAAGAAAGCGCUUUCUUCUUGGAUGUUCUUGAGUUGGAAGACAAAUCAGAAGAAGAAAUAUCAAACGGUCAAGAAAAUGUGGAUAAAGUUUUAGCAUCAGUGGUGAUGAAAAAUAUUGCCCAAGAAGCUGCAGUUUCAACUUCCUUUUACUUAACAAAAGAGAAAUUCCUUGAAGUAAUUUGCCAAGAAGAAAGUACGAACAAAAAAUUGACUGUUCAAAUUCCUGUACGGUAA